CAGUCUGGGAAUGAUUUUGCUACACACUCUCUGGAGAGCCCGGGAGCUGAAUUCCGGAAGAUCCCCACAUCGAUGAAAGCAAAGCGAAGCCACCAAGCAAUCAUCAUGUCCUCAUCGCUCCGAGUCAGCCCGUCCAUCCACGGCUACCACUUCGACACAGCUGCUCGCAAGAAAGCUGUGGGCAACAUCUUUGAAAACAUAGACCAGGAAUCACUACAAAGGCUCUUCAAAAACUCUGGAGACAAAAAAGCAGAGGAGAGAGCUAAGAUCAUUUUUGCCAUAGAUCAAGAUUUGGAGGAGAAAACAAGAGCCCUGAUGGCCCUGAAGAAGAGGACAAAAGACAAGCUUUUCCAGUUUCUGAAACUACGGAAAUAUUCCAUCAAAGUUCACUGAGGACAAGAGAAUGGAUAAGGACAUUAUCCAAGAAUGGACAUUCAAACACCAAGUGAGUUUGUGAGACUCUAACAGAUGCAGCAUUGUGUUGCUGCCUUGCAAGCUUCUCUCUGUCGGGACUCCAGAGUGGAAAGGGACUGGGACCCAACAAACUGGUUACAAAAACUCCAACCAGUCCCGCGCCCUUGUGCUGUUACAGUGGAGAACAAAAUGCAUCAGCAAGGGUUUGAAAACUCUCCUUGCAGGAAAGAAUUGGUGCUGACGGAGGAGUCUGGACAGAUGUAAUGAGAACUGAAGAAGUGAGAUGGCUAGAGAUGACAUGCAUUCAGGGUCACUUUGUCAGGCCCUAGGACUUAAACUGAACUUUUUUUUUUUUUUUUAAACAAACUGGGUAGAGGGAAGGAGGGAGGAGGGAGAGGGAGAGCAGAGAGAGAGAAUAUCAUGCAUAAAUUGUUUACUGAAUUUUAAUUGUGAAUGUUCAAAAUGUUGCCAAGUCUGAAUGUUGUGUAUUGGCAUAAAUUUAGAGAACAGUAAUUGAUUAUUUAUUGCAUUUAUGACAAUGCAGAAAAAGGGCACCACAUGGAUGUUAAGUUCAAACUCAAGAAAGAUACUUUCAGCAGCUCAGUAAACCCAUAUGCCACAUUUAGGUUUGAAAAGGAUUUUUAUACAUUUCAAACAGGUGGCACAAAAGUUAAAAUAAUGAGGUCCUUUAUAAAUCCAAAGAACUGUGAAAAAAUUUUAUAAUUUUUUAAGUCUUCUGACUAAUGCUAAAAUAUAAUCUAAUUAAAUUUUGUACAGCUACUGCAGUAAGCAUUAGGAAGUGACUAUGAUAUAAAUAGUUUCUAAAGAUGCUAUGGUUUUUAUAAUUUAUUACACAAGUGAUAUGCAGCUAUAAUAAAUUAUUAUAAACUUA